AUGGUACUUUUGAUAGAAAAGCUUAGCAAAUUAUACUCCAAGCCGGAGAAGCACCAUCACUACUACCACCACCAAUCGGAGGCAGAUGUUUUAUCAGCUGCUCUUCAGGCUUUUCGGUCUGAUGUUUCGAAUUGCCUGAAUCAGUUGUUGUUGAAUUCAAUAUCCGGAUCAGAAAUAUUGUCUUUCUUAUGGAUUCAACGAUGUUUUGAGCUCCUACCUCUUAUCAACAGGGCAUUUGCAAAGCUAGUUGUGGAUAUAGACUACCCCAUGAGCAGCUGGGAAGUUGCCUCUCUUGACGAGUAUCUCAACUACGACUUGCAUUUGCUGGAGCUUCUCAAUUCUGUUAGUUCCUCUCUUUCUCAUCUGGCGCAUGCUCGACUUUCGUUUGCUCAUGCUCUGGGCCUUCUGGAUAAUUCACCUUCUUUGGCAAUUAAACAUCUCAAAGCAAUUCAGCCGCAAAGUACGAGCAAGGACUUUAAAAGACAGAAAAACAAGGGAGAUGGCGACGAGUUCAGCUCCUGCAAGGAAAGGGUAGUCAAUCAAGCUUUGAUGGAAGUAAAGAAUAUUGGCUUUUGGGUAUGUGGCGUUGUUUUGGCUGCCUUGUCUGGAGAGGCUAAACCAUACUUGGAAAUCAAACAAUUGAUUGCCAGGUUCAAUAGUGCUUUGUUAAUUGGUGUAGAUUCAUAUAUUUCUGAGGUUAUAGUGGAGAAAGGUGAGGUAUUGAAAGAGGUUAAGGAGCUGAACAAUGCAGCAGCUUCCUUAGCAUCAGCCAUAGUCUCUGGGAAAAACAGUGAUGCAGCCAAGGAUUUGGAGAGAAGAUUGGGUGUUUUCGAGAAUCAGCUGGAAGCUUUAGAAAAGCAGGUGGAUAAUUUGUUCUCGAAAGUAUUGGCUGGCAGAAAUGAACUACUUCUUGGUGUUCGACAACGCAAGCAAUAG